AUGUAUGGAAACUGGGUCAUUCUUGAGCCAGUGAUGCUGGUCGAAGCUUCCGUGCCCUCAGAAUUUCAGGGGACUCUUAUGUCUACUAUCACAAAGCGCAACGGAAUUAUCGUCUCUACAGAAUCAAAAGAAGCUAUUACAAUUGUGCAAGCUGAGGUGCCUCUAAACGACAUGUUCGGUUAUGCUGGCGAGUUGCGCAGCCAAACCGAAGGUACCGGCGAAUUCACUAUGGAAUAUUACAAGUACUGUCCCGUGCGUCCAGCGGUCUCAGACCUCCUUAUCAAUCAAGCCAAUUUAUCUUCUGAAAAGGUCUCUAAUGAGUCUAAGAAGUCAAAGAAAUCAAAGUCAUAG